AUGCAUCCCAAAAUCGAAUGCCAGUGCGGCGCAGUCCAAGUCACAGCUUCACGACCGCAACCCCUCAGUGUCUACUGCUGCCAUUGUACUGAAUGUCAGAAACAAUCUGCUUCUGCCUUUGGUACAUCGGCCAUCUUCCCAGCUGACGGUAUGUGGCCUCUCUCUGAAGAUGUCCUGUCCAAGCUCGGUGUCUGGAAGCGACCUACAGACGAGGGAAAUACCCUGGAGUGCUACUUUUGCAAGUCGUGCGGCGUGAGGGUCUUACAUCGCAGCGUCUUGCCAAACGGCCAAGGCAAGCCAUAUCUGUCGGUGAAAGGGGGUUGCGUUGAGGGGUUGAGUUGGGAGAAUGCGAAGCAUAUCUACACUCGAAGCGCUCGCGUCCCUGUGCCCGAGGGAAGUUAUCAAACUGUACCUGAAGCCCAGGAUUAA